AUGUAUCAGUUGUUUUUCACAGUAUUUUGGAAUAUUCUUAGCUGCAAUGCGCACAACAACGACAACAUUGUACUGUCCGUCAGUAUUCCAGAAGAACACCCUGUUGGAAAGGUGAUUCUUGGACUUCCUGAAGCCAUUGCCAAAUAUGAUCAUGCACCUUUUGGAUCAUACGCUUCUACAAACACACAGAUUCACUUACUUCCAACGCAUGACUGGUCAUUAUUUCGGCUAACUGCUGACGGUAUGUUGAUCAACAGCAAACGACUAGAUCGAGAGCAACUGUGCCCUUCGGUAAGAGAUCGAAAGACUGGUACUUUCUCCAAGACUGAUGAACUUCACCCGCAUAAUUCGGAAUCUGAUUCAAGUUGUACUUUGUCCGUUCGAGCAAUUGUGUAUGAGAACAUCUCGGUUGCCAAUCAGAUUGAGACAACACAGGUAAAAUGGAAACGCCGACUACGACCAUUAUUGAUUCGAGUGACUCUGCUGGACGUAAACGAUAACCGCCCGGUUUGUAGCCUUGAUUUCCCCCUGACGACGGUGGCUGACUUGCGUGGGAAAAGACAAACCGAUGGGAGCACUAUUGAGCUGGCAGAAAAUACUGCUCCCGGCACAGUGGUUGCGAAAUGGACCCUGACCGAUCCAGAUACCCAGGAGAACGGAAUUACUGAGGCACGUAUCUUCGGGUACCGAGAUGGAUACCCGGGUAUUGUUGCCAGUGAACUUCCCUUCCAGCUGCAGUUUGACGAAGCGAUAGGUCCCUGGAAUCGCAUUGGUUUAAAACUAAUAUUGACUCAAAGAAUGGACUUUUCUACCAUUAGACGAUCAGAUAUUUCUCAAGGUAUGAAAGAAGAAAUAGAAUCAUACGACUUGAGAAUUGUGAUCUUGGAUUCAUCGAGCGGACAGUCAGGAAGUCGGAGUGAUGUGAUGCUUUCUGCUUCCUACAGUUCGAUCUGUAGCAUCAAAAUUCGAAUUAUUGAUGUAAAUGACCACAGUCCCACAUGGGCAAGCCCACCAUCGUUUGCAAAGAACGAGGUUGUGGAAAUAAACCUCAUCGAUGGGAAGGUAUAUAAGAAUCGAGAAAUUUUGCGUCUUAAAGCGCGAGAUGAUGAUCUGGGAUCGAACGCGCGUAUUUCCUAUCAUUUUGUGUCAGAAUUGAAAAACUCCAGUUCUGUUUUAUCCGACUUAACAUCGGUUGAAGCAGAAUCUCAUGAGGAAUCUACUCUGAUUCAGCGUUUGUUUUAUUUGGAUCAACUUACUGGGUCUUUACAACUGCGCAGCGCGUCGGUCGAUUUUGACCAGCUCAAGGAGUGGAUGUCAAACAUAAGGACGGAUGAUGCUACACGGGGAAAGUUACCUAUGCGAAUGAAAGUUUUUGCGGCCGACAAUCCUAUCAACCGAAGUGAACAACGUCUCUCACCCCUAGGCAAUAUAAUAGUGUGGUUCACUGACGUAAAUGAUAAUCCGCCCGAUAUCAAAUUGAUCGCAUUGCACCGACCUACUCAUCAUCAAACCACUGAAGUACAAGUUUCUAAGCAUCGGGAUGUUAUUUCUGUGAGCGAAAACUUACCCAGUAGAGAGCCAAUCGCAUUCGUUUCAGCUACUGAUCCGGAUAGCAUUUCAGGAAGCCAGGUGACCUGUGAACUUUAUGCUGACCACGCACAAGAUUCACAUGCCAGCAUUCCACUGUCCCGGGUUUUUCAGCUAGUGCAGUUCACCCCAGAUGGUGAUCAGUCGGCUCUUCCUGAGCGUCUCUCAUCCCGAAUGGAACAAGUCGUUAGUAAUUACAAGUUAAUCACGCUCGUUCCCCUAGAUCGAGAAGUUCAGUCCAGUUAUCGAGUAAAUAUUACUUGUGUUGACGGUGCAGCACUUUCGCCCGAUCUGGCGGCUGACUUGCAGUCCUCGCAAACAACCAAACUGACGUCCUUCCGGCUGGUAGACGUAAUCGUCACUGAUCUGAAUGACAACGCUCCACAAAUCACUGGUACCAAAGAUGUUCUGAGAGGAUUGUCGGGCCAACAGACGGAGAAAGGUGGUGACACUUUACACUGUAGUGUGAAGGAGCACUCUCCUGGUGGAACCAAAAUAUGUCAGUUGUUUGCGAAGGAUGCUGACUCAGAUGCCCUAAAUAGUAUGGAAUGGUGGAUGGAAAAAUCCACUCAGCAUUUUGUGAACAUUGAGCGCGGAAGUGGCUGGCUCACGGUAGAAAGUGAUGGGGUUCGGUUUUUAGAAUCUCAGGGCGCUGGACGGCUAGAUCUGGAUCGGGAAGCGAUUCAACGGUUUUCUGUGGUAGUUUUUGUCCGAGACAGUGGAUAUGAUGCAGAGCAUAAAAUAGUCCGUCUGACUGCGAGUGCAACGGUGAACAUCAAUGUGCUUGAUAUCAAUGAUAACGCUCCAAAGAUAUCGGAAUAUAACUAUUUCCACAUUUCCGAAUCUGCAGCCGCCGGAACCCUCAUUGGAACGCUUUCAGCCAUGGAUGAAGAUCAACCGGACACACCUAACUCUGCACUUAGUUACCACGUUGCCUCAUUAAAGGUGCAGCAAGAAGUAUUUUUUCGAGAGAAAUAUGCGGAGGAUUUCGAAAUUCUAUUUGUAUCGGAUACAGGAGCGAAUCGAACAACAAACAAGCUGCGGGAUAUUACACUCAACCAGCAUACUGGUGAACUGCAUGUUGCCUUGCGUGGGCUGGACAGGGAGCGGAAAGCCUCGUAUAAAUUCGUGGUAACAGUGACCGAUGGCGAGCCCGUGGGUGAUAAACCAGGUUUGCCGAUCGCUGAACGCAAUCAUGUGCACACAAUAGUCCACAUUAUGGUGGAUGACGAGAAUGACAAUGCACCGCGAAUAAUUUAUCCAGAGAAACGUCUGGCCACAUUUACACUGACGUGUUCAAAUCUACGAAGCUUGCCGUAUACAAUUGCUCAAAUAUCAGUCAACGAUUCCGACACCGGAAUAAAUGCUGAGGUACUCUUCCUGCUCAGUCCCUUCCGGAUUUCUACAUCGGACUCUGUUUCGGCAGUAAAUAUCAACACUGGUCACUCUAAUGCACCGAUGUUAUCCUCAAAUGAAUUCUCAAGUUCGGUUCCCUUGAACCAUACUCCCGCGCUCUUGAACAGCUCAAAUUCAGAAGAAAUGGAAAUCGCCUUCCGAAAUUCGGACCGUGAACCGGAUGAACUGCGUUCCGUUACUCUACUGCCAUUUCAGAUAGAUCCCCAGAGUGGUUUGCUAACAAUCAUUAGUGCGCCGGAGGAUAGCGUCUGCGCCCAACCUCCUGACAUCCUGAACAAAAAGGACCCUCACACAACUGUGACUGAAUAUCGUCUCAAGGUUAUUGUUAGCGAUCGAGGACUUCCUCCUUUGUCGACCACGGCUCUGCUCGUCAUACGAGUUAUUCCGCUAAAUGCUGCAAGUCCAGUUGCCGAUGAAACUUUCGCUGAUUCCCCCAAUAUGGGUAGCAUCCAGCAUACGGUUAACAAAGAAGGAUACAUCAAUGAUAUGCAAAAUUACCACCUUGGUCUUCUGCAGGCCCAAAAAGACGGAGAAACUAACUCAGAAUUGGAUGCACGUUACUGGAGUGUACUCAACUCACCCGAGGUAUUCUGGGCAGCAAUCAUCUGCUUGACAAUCGCAACAGGAGUGCUUGUGUUCUUAAUUAUCCUUGUCACGAUUGUGAGUUGUGGCAAAAAGCGCAAAGCACUCGUCGAUUCGACUGAACCGCAAGAAAAUGAGUGGGCGGAUCAUAGCUUGCCGGUUAAUGUGGAGGAAAGAGAAUUCAUGCAACGGAGCAACCUGGUCAAGCCAUCACUUGAAUUAGAAUUGAAUACUGCUCGCUUUUCACCAGGUUCACCAGCCAAACGAUUCCAGUUAAACAGUGCUUCUCCAGUAGUGUACAAGUUACCGAAUUGGCAAACGAGCCCGUACCCAGUCACCUGCAAUCCAAUAGCGCAUUCCCACACGGGUGUGCGUUACGAUCCCUAUUCUCCACUACUCACAAUGUCAUCGUCUACAACUUCAGAUGAUCAUGCAAAGCGUAUGCCGAGGGUUGUAGAUCACGUUUGUCAAAGACAGCUUGGACUUAUGGAAGUUAUUGGGACGAAUCAGAGUGAUCAAUGCAAUGGAUAUCAGAAACUUUCUCCCGCUUGGCGUCAGGAUCCACUGGACAGCAGGUGCACUACAAUUGAGCAAGAUUUGUUCAAAGUAGAACGGGCUGGGUCGGCCGAUUGCGCCGGGGUGCAUGCAAAUCUCAACAAUCUAAUGCAAUCUUCCUUCUACAGUGUCGAAAACCUAAACAAACUGAGUGACAUGAACCAGUCAAGACCUGAGACCUACAACGGUUCAGAAAGCAAAACCCGUAGAGAAGAACAGCCGCAGGGUGAGCAAUUGGCAAGGAGUAACACGUCAAAUGUUUUCAAGCAAAAGCCAACAUUAAAAUCUAGCCCGUGUUCCCCAAAAUUAAGCAAUUCAAACGAAAUUACUUUUGUUUAGGAAAAACCCCUAAACGGAACAUCUAAUGCGUCUGAGACUGCUUCGUUUAACUUGUAAAUAUAAACUUCUUCC